AUCAGGUUUAUAUAUAAGCUGUGAUAGCUGGCCCCAUAACUUUACUCGGUUGUGGUUUUAGUUCCUUUAAAGUUUAGUAAAGAUUUGCAGCGUUUUUGAUUUUAUUCGUUGGAUUUUAUUGGUAUUGUAAACGAGUCAAAGCUUCUAGAUCUAGUCUGAAAAGGUGCCAUGUCUGCAGGGCUCCAGAUGCUGGGUACCACACUGGGAGUGCUGGGUUGGCUGGGAACCAUCCUAGCCUGUGCUCUUCCACUAUGGCGUGUGACUGCUUUCAUCGGCAACAACAUUGUUACAGCCCAGGUUGUCUGGGAGGGUUUGUGGAUGACCUGUGUGGUUCAGAGCACCGGCCAAAUGCAGUGCAAGGUUUAUGACUCGAUGCUGGCUCUGUCUUCAGACCUUCAGGCCUCUCGGGCCAUUCUCGUCAUUGCGCCGCUGGUCAGUCUGCUGGCCAUACUUGCUAGCAUAGCUGGAAACAAGUGCACAAAUUGCUUGGAGCAAAGCAGUGUCAAGACCAGGGUAGCUACAGUGGCUGGAGUUUUAUUUCUCGUUGCAGGAGUUCUGAGUCUUGUACCCCCCAGCUGGAUGGCAAAUGCAGUGAUCCGUGACUUCUACAAUCCGUUGGUGGCCCAGUCACAAAAGAGGGAGCUUGGGGCAUCCAUCUUUAUCUGUUGGGGGGCUGCUGCGUUAACUAUGAUUGGCGGUGGGCUUAUGUGCAGUUCUUGUCCAAGUGGCGGAAGGCAAGCAAUCCACUAUAAACCGGCAUCUCAAACAAGUAGAGCACAUGCUGCUUAUGUCUGAGCUUAUGCUUAGCACCGACAUGCUUUUUGUAUUUUAUUUUUUUUUAAUUAAGUGUGCUUUAUUUCUGUAAAUAAAAAUCUUACCUUCA